CACCAAUUGCAUUUCCACAGUUUGUUCCAACAAUCAUCCUCACAAUGGCGUACUUUGGCAAGGAAUACAAAUUUGAGAAGGAGGAGAAGUUUGAUGAGUUCAUCAAAGCUGUUGCCUCUGGUGAUGGCGCGGGUGCGUUCCUGGACUUCAAGCCCAACUACAAAAUGGAGAAGAAGGGUGAUGAAUACGUCAUGACCCUCUCCGAAGGUUCCUUCAAGAAGGAGGUCCCCUUCAAGCCAGGUGUACCUUUUGACGAGACGAUGAAAAACGGACUUAAGUGCACCUCAGUGUUCACGGUCGAUGGAGAUACCUUCACCCAGGUCCAGGACUACGGCAGCAAAGGAAAGGUCACCAUGAAGAGAGAGUUCUCACCUGACCAACUUAAAAUUUCCCUCGAAUCCAGUAAUUACGAUGGAGUCGCUUACAGAUACUACGUACCUGUCUAAGUCGCCUUGAUAAUAAUCAGUACUUAUAAGUUAAUAUCUAAAGAAAAUAAAUAAUGUUUGACCAAUAAAAAGUCUGAUCUGUAUUAUACCUAAAUAAACAAUAAUAUUUUUUAACAAAAGAUGUA